CCACCAGUGGCUCACGGCCAAUGAGUCUGCUGGGCACAGGCUGGACGAGGCCCUUCUGGAGCUGACCGAGGAAUACCCCUCGGACGUGAUGAUCACCCUCUUGCGCUGGGCCCCAUCGUGUGACAGAGCUGCCGCGACCAUGUGGGGAACCAUCAUGUCCUCGAGCAGGACUGCGGAGCCGGCGCUGCAGUUACUCCUCGACGCGCUCAGCGCCUGGCCAGUGUACAGCGUGUACACCUCUGAUGGGGACAAUGCAGGAGUCUUUGCCCUGGCUGCAACCGUGGCACUGUGGAGAGUCUUCAAUCUGACCUGGCGCUCCCCUGUCGUGCUGGAGUAUUUCCCCAAUCUCUUUCUGCGUCUGCUCUUCCAAGCUUACAUCAGCACGCAGGAGAUGCCAGAAGAGGUUGAGACUUUCUGGAAGGGAUGCCAGGAGGAACACGGCCUGGCCGCCAACCCCAACAGGUGCUCCAUGCCAGUCCUCGCAGUCUCCCCAUCCCUCCCAUGCCCCCAGGGCAGGAGCCAGGGCUCCCGACCGUGACCUGGGCUUUGCUGUGCACACAGCUUUGCACUGCAGACCCUGAAGGCCCUGCUCUGCCAAAUGCGCUAUGAGCACGUGGUGGUGUCAAUGGAACGCAAGCGUGCCUGGGACACGCUGCUCUGUGCUGACACCCACCACUAUGCAGUGCGUCUUCUGGCCAGGGAGAUGCGCCGCGUCUCCAUCAUCUGGUGUUGCGGCAUGGCAUCCUGCCUCUUUGACCUGCUCAGCGAAGGCAUUUCAGACUGGGAACUGCCCGCCCUGGCGUUCCUGGUGGAGGUCCUGGACUGCCUGGACUUGAGCGAAUGUGGCGAAAAAGUCCUGGAGAUCUUGACAAGUCAGCUGCAGAGCGAGUCCACGGAGAUGCGUCGCGUGGUGCUCCGCGGCCUCGUGGUGCUCACCUCGAUGGAUCCAAGCAUGUUCAACCUGACUGAAAGCCUUGGGAAACUACUGUGGGAUGCGGACGAAGACAUCGUGGAGAUGACCCUCAUUGUGCUCAGCUUACUGCUGCUGCACAAAGACCUCACAAUAGCCAGCCCCAUCGCCCUGCAGCUGGCUGAGGCGCUCUGGCACCUCUUUGACAAUGACAACAGCCAUGUGCAGCUGCUCUCCAUUCGCCUCUUCCAAGAUGUGAUCACGCUGGUAGUGGCAAAGGACAAAAAGGCCCUGAAGAAGCAUGUGAGCGAGAGCCUGCUCCCGCUCUUCUUCCACUGCCAUGAUGAGAACGGGCGUGUGGCACAGGCCUCUCGGGAAACGCUGCUUUCUGCAGUAAGGUUCCUGAAGAGGAAGGAUCUCAAGCAGCUGCUGAAGACGGAUCAGAUGUGGAGGUUGGCCGAGUGCUUGCUGGGAGAGGAUAGGAGCCGUGCGGCCGAGCGCCUGCGCCAGGCCCUGCCAUACCUGCGGAGCCCACAGGAGCCCCUGCGAGAGGCGGCCGUCAGGUUCAUCGGGAUCGCCGGGCGCUACCUGACAGGGCAGCAGCCAGAGUUCCGGAUCAUCUGCAUGGCCCUUCAGGACAUGACGGAUGACACCAGCCCUACCGUCUCAUGCCUGGCACUUCAAACUCUGUACAUCAAUUUAGCUGUACAGAGCAUUCCCUCCUCUGGACUCCAGAAGAUGCGAGACCAACUCCGCCAGCUCUGGAAGUCGCGGCCUUUCCUGUGUUACCGUGGCUGAGUGUCCUGCUGUGGCGCCGUGGAGAAGUGAUCCGGGAGGCUGCGUCUGCUGGGGCCACCUGAACCUGUGGGGAACACCUCUCCUCUGCAAGCACUUCCUUUCCCACCCUCUAUAGGAACAUUAAAUUGCUGUUGUCAUA